AUGAGAGACAUAAGGAAUGUUAGAGAUUGGAUGUAUUUACCUAGACGGUUACCUGAGUUUGAAUCUGGUGUCAUUGAAUUCAUUAAUACCUCGUUUGCUAAGGUGGCAAAGGGUGGUCAAAUUUGUUGUCCCUGCAAACGGUGUAAGAACCGUUAUUGGUAUCGAAGGGAUAAAGUAUUCGAUCAUUUAAAAGGAUACGGGUUUGUAGAAAACUACUAUGUAUGGGUUUUUCAUGGAGAAAACUCUUCACAAUCUAUGUCUAAUACUGUCAUAGACGAUGAUGGAGCUGGUAUGAAUGACAAUUUUGAUGAAUUAUUGCAUGAUAGGUUUAGAGAUGUGGCAGAAGAAAUAAGUACGGUGCAAGAAGGCUUAAAUGAAGAGGCCAAAAAGUUCUAUAAACUAGUGGAAGAAGGAAAACAAGAGUUGUUCCCAGGUUGUAAAAAUUUCACAAAGCUAUCUUUCAUCAUUCGACUUUUUCUCUACAAGACGCUUCAUGGGCUAAGUAAUGUAGCAUUUAAUGAUCUAUUACAACUUUUUCAAGAGGUGAUUCCAGAGGCAAAAUUUCCUACUAGUUUUACACAAGCUAAAAAUAUCGUGAAGGAUUUGGGGCUUGACUACAAAAAGAUUUCUGCGUGA